AUGAACCGGUCUACGUUUAAUAUCCAGCCCCUGCACCGCUUCGGCGGCGCAAAUACCUCCAUCCGGAGACCAAGGGAGAUUGCAUGCUUCUCUUAUGAUGACCAGCGUCGGUUUUCGUUGGGAGAUUCAUCCAUGGCCUAUUACUACACGCCAGCUCUCCCGGCAGACCUAAACAAGGGUUAUGACACGUUCCAAAAGCUCAAUGAUGUCCCAGAUGAGCAUCUGGAUGCUUUACUUGAUACCCUCGUUGCCUAUGAAAAGGAAACAGAAAAGAAAUGCGAAGUGGACAUUGUCACAUGGAGAGGGAUGAUGACCAAGAUUUUAACCGCUCCCUUUGAUAAUAUGAACGGGUGGCACCAUGUGCGUAUAUCCAGCUCUCACUACCCACGAUAUGAGAGGCUAAAUGUUGCUAGAUUCAUCGAGGAGAACAAUGAGUACAAAAACCAACAGAAAGAGAACCAACGCAAGCGCGGAUCUCCACCUGGGAUGGCACCGCAGGAACUCAUGAUGUAUUGGGGCUACAAAUUCGAGAACCUGGCUGUACUUCGGAAGACAUGGGAUGAAUCAACGCGUGAAGAGAUUGAAGGUCGUGAGAACGAUAUCGUCAAUAACGCAGCACAGUAUUGUUCGGUUGUGCGCACGGGCAUCGGAAAUAUCCGCAUGGUUCUCGGCGGAGAAGUUGAUGCUAUCUGGGAUAGUAAGCCAUCCCGAAAGGAAGACCCCAUCAACUGGGUUGAGUUGAAAACGUCAGCUCAGAUUCGCAAUGACCGCGACUUGCUCAAAUAUGAACGAAAACUGCUCAAAUUCUGGGCACAGUCCUUUUUGCUCGGUGUGCCUAAGAUCAUCGUGGGAUUCCGUGACGAGAAUGGCAUUUGCCAUAGCUUGGAGGAGCUGGAGACUGCCAGUAUUCCGGGGAAAGUGAUGAAUGUCGGCCGACGUUCUUGGGAUGGAAACGUUUGCAUCAAUUUUACCGGUGCAUUCCUGGAGUGGCUCAAACAAACCAUCAACCGUGAUGGGACAUGGAGAAUUCGAAAAAAGGAGAAGUCUCCGGUCAUCGAAGUAUAUCAGGUCGAGGAACAAGGCCAUGGCGAUAUUCUUUCCCCUGCUUUCAAGGCCUGGCGAUCGGCCAUGGCCUCUCCAGUACUAUGA